CAAAAGAGGAAGAAAGAGGAGGAGUAGGAAGAAAGUGUUUUAAAAGGGUGUGUUGGCACUGUUGUAGUGUUGAAGAGUCAGAGGCAACUGCAGGACACAAACCAGCUUUGCUACAUAGUUCAGUCAGGUCCUACGUCUGUGGAGAUGCAGCCCAGCAGCAACAGCAGCAGUGAGAAAUCAGAGUUGCAGCAGCUGUGGGGAGGUUGGAGCACAAUGGUGAAGCGUUAUUAUGAUGACCCCAAGGUAGCACAUCUGAUGAACACAAGAAUCGGGCAGUACCUCAGCACCCACCCUGUCUUCGCUCUGACAGUGCUGCUGUUUGGCGCCAUGGCCGCACUGCCUGUCGGGCUUUUCCUUUCUUUUGCUCUUGUGACCUUUAUAAUGGCAGCAGUAGGUUUUGUUUUCUUUGAAGGGUUCCUCUUGUUUAUAGGAGGCGUUACUCUGCUGUGCGUGCUCACCGGUAUCGCCUUCUUCUCUGUCAUGGCUUCAUUCAUCUUCAGUGCCCUUUAUAUCAUCAUCACCAACAUCUUUCACCGCUAUUACCCACAUCUGAAAAAGCAAAGGAAAGUCCAGGAGACGGAGAGUGAAUCUGACACUUCAGAAAUGAAAGACACGCAGUAGCUCAAUUCUUCUUCUCUCUCGAUUGUCAGCUCUCAGGUGAAAGAAGGUCAGAAUCGCCGAGGGUACGAACGCCUUAAAUCAGCACUACUGAAGAGACCCUUGAAUGUAAUAUGUGUAACAGAUUUCCUAAGCACAAAGAUUCCCUAAUUGUUACUGUGUGUCUACAGCCUAAAUAUUAUGGCUGAAUAUUUUUCUAUAAUGCCUGAUUGUAACUAUCUCUAUGCUUAAUAUAAGUUUAAAAUAUCUUUGACAGCCAAAGCAUGGAAUAACUAAUCUUUGAACUGCCUUACUAGUUAAAGCUACAGUGCGUAACUUCUGUUGCCUCCCAGCGGAUAAUGCGUUAUUACAACUAAUAAGCCGGCGGCACUUCCAUGUACACAGAGUAACACUCGUCAGUCGCCACACACCGUGUAAACAGAGUAACACUCGCUACACACCAUGUACACAAGGCUACACAACGUGGCGAACACCAGGCUGCUAACAUUGCAUAACGUUCAUAGCACCAUUUCCAAGAAAAUAAUAAAGUACUAGGUCCAGUACAUGUAACAGCAACACAUACUACUCAUAAUAUAAUUAUAAACCAAGUCACUUACUUAUCCAACAGCAGCAAGGCAACAUCCGUGUCUGCCCUCAGCCCAAUUUUUUCCUUCAGGGCUCUCCACCGAGGAAAAGCAACGCCAAUACAAAUCCUUGUUUGCCUUCUCUGUCGGUCACUUUCCUUCUUUGCUAAUAGACCUUCAGCCGAACGUCCAGGCUUUUUCUUUGUGGUAGGAUCCACUUCUGAACCGUGUCUCAGCCGCUUCUUUGUUGCUUUCUCUUUCUACCUGCGCUCUACCUCUUGCUGUGACACUCUCCGCUCUUCCUCCCCCUCCCUUCUUGUUGUGAGGAAGCAUUUCCUGUGCGCCAGCGCGGGAAUGUCGCCGGUCGACACGCAUACUAAAAAUGAUAUAUAUUGAAAAAUACCGCAAGAUGUUAGAGGAGCCGAUCGGCUUAAUCAGCAUUGUGUCAUCUCCUCUAGUAGUGGCUUGGGUGAAACGGACAUUUACAGACCUGUAGAAGUUACACACUAUAGCUUUAAAUACAGGAGGCUUAUUUUAGUCUCAUCUGUAUAUUCUUUGCACUAUGCACAUAUCUUGAACUGACGGCUCAUUUCAAGAGAAAAAUGCUGGCUCGUGACUGAACACUGUGCACUAUUCUAGUUUCCACAUUAUGAUUUAUAAAUGCAUGUGUAUGUUGUGUAUGUCUGCAGAUAUCUGAUGCACGUGCAAAUGAGGCGAGAAAAGCACUACAAAGUACUGUUACUUGUUUAUGUUUGCUGUUACCUUUAAAGGAGCUCUAUACGACAUGCUGAACACUAAUACAGCAGCAAAUAUCUAUUUGCUAUUAAAAGAUGUAAUGGAGUGAUGGCAUCCUGAGCAGAGAAGAAAGCCCAGCUGAAAAAAUAUGGAAAUGAGUUCUUUUGCACUUUCGGUUCCCUCGUCCAUAAAUCAAUGGGUUUUUAGUUAGUUGCCCUAAAUAAGGUCUGUGGUAAACUCAAGCUUAAAGGAGAUUUUCAAGUUUUAUUCUAUGACAUAAAAUAUGUCAGUAAAUACCCUACUUAAAAUGAGUUAGCAUUUUAGCACUCUCGCUUUCUCGUCCAAAGGUCAAUGGAUUUUUGUUUAGAUGCCUGAAAUAAGAUCAGUGGUUACCACAAGCUUAACAGAUUUUCAUGUUUUAUUCUAUGACAUAAAAUACGUCAGUAAAUAUCCUACUUGUGAAUUUUUAAAUGUAGGAACUGUAAACCUAAACCUAAACUAAAUGCUAACACUAGCAUGUCAACAUGUUCACAAUGACACUGCUAACAUGCUGUUGUUAAGAAUGUGUGAUGUCUGGCAUGUUGGAAUUUUAACAUUCACCUAAACAGUGCCCCAGGAAGAAGUCCUAAAACCUGGAGAUGAGUCAGCAUUUUAACACUCCCACUUUCUUGUCAGAAACGAGUUAGCAUUUUAGCACUCCCGCUUUCUCAUCUAAAGGUCAAUGGAUUUUUGGUUAGAUGCCUGAAAUAAGGUCAGUGGUAACCACAAGCUUUAGAGAUUUUCACGUUUUGUUCUAUGACAUAAAAUACGUCAGUAAAUGCCCCACUCGUAAAUUUUUGAAUAUAGGAACUGUGAAGCUAAACCUAAGCUAAAUGCUAACACUAGCAUGUCAACGUGUUCACAAUGACACUGCUAACAUGCUGUUGUUAAGAAUGUGUGAUGUCUGGCAUGUUGGCAUUUUAACAUUCACCUAAACAGUGCCCCAGGAAGAAGGCCUAAAACCUGGAGAUGAGUCAGCAUUUUAGCACUCCCGCUUUCUUGACUAAAGGUCAAUGGAAUUUUGGUUAGAUCCCUGAAAUAAGGUGAAUGGUUACCACAAGCUUAAGAGAUUUUCACAUUUUGUUCUAUGACAUAAAAUACAUGAUUUUUUAAGCUUUUAUGUGUCUUUAAAAAGGCGGUUGCUAGUAAGUGGCUAAAUGAGACUACAAAACAACAUC